GUGCAAGGUUCACGAAGGCAUUGGCCCUCGAAAUUCCAUUUUGUUUCGCUAGAGCUGAUGAAAAGUGGAUCAAGGUUGCCGCACUCGGCUUUGUUCCCUUGAAAGCAUGGAUCUUCAGGUCUUGUCGAGGCGGGCCUGCCCCCUCUCAAGCCCGGCUUCCGGUUUUGGGUCGACCAGAGCGAGAGCGGAGCUUAGUAAAAGUAGCAAUCUGCUGCCCUUCUUUGGCAGAACAUCCAAAACUCCUUUCCUCGAUGGACGUGGUGCUGUGAAAUUCAGCAAGGGCUUUGGGAGACAAGGCCAGGUGAGAGGAGCGGUAAAAGGGGCGUUCGAUGGAAAGGGUGGUGCAGAAGGUUCCUCUGGUAAUGGACGUUUUAGCUGCAGAUAUAGGUUACCUACAUUGCAGCAAGGUGCCAAGUCUGCUCUGAGCACCUCAAAGGCAGUUACCAGCUUGUUCAUUUCUCCAAGCUGCCACAUCGAAAGAACCGCACGCGGAGGCAACCGGAGGCGGCGGGCAGGGAAAGUGCGUGCAAUCACAACAGAUGAAGCCUACGAGACGCUGGCGGAUUUAGAGAAGCGGUUGGAUGAGGAAGGGGGAGAGUACGACGACGAGGAAUAUUAUGAGAUUCUGCCGGACAAGCGGCGCGCAGCCACCGAGCCCGUGCGGAAAGUUAUGGACCUCAGUUGGCUGUGGCUGCUGGAGGAACUGCCUGGAGACAGGCGGUCGCGUCCCGAGGAGGCCGUUCGCUACCACUGGCGAUGGGCGGUCGAAGGCUUCCUGUGCCACAUGUUGGGUGACAACUGGCCCGACCGCCUCGCCCGGUUGACGCGAACCGGGGAGCUCGCGCUCUACCCCGUCCACUUCCAACCGCAAGAGAUGCCGUACUUCGAGGCCGAAGUGGACCGGAUAGCGGCGCAGGACGCGGAGAUGACGGGGAAAGCGCACCUGCAAUCGAAGCGGAGGCUCGAGAAGGAAAAGCAGCGAAUUCGGGAGAAGUUGGAGGAUCAGUGGGAGGCAGGGGAGCGGAUGCGCGCGGGGGACGUGCGGGCGUUUUUUACGGAGGAGGAGGAGGCGCGGUAUGAGGGGUUCUGGGCGGCAUUUGAGGGGCGGUUUGGGGGGAACUGGAAGGAGAGGUUGGUGUGGGACAGGGAGGCAAGGCAGUGGGAGCUGGACGGGGAGGUGGUCCGCCCCGCCGAAGAACUGGCGAGUCUUGUAUACGGAGCGGACUGGCUGCAGCGAGCCCGGAAGGUUCACGGGGACUCUCAAUGGUGGAGAGCCAUCCAGGCAGAAAAGGGGAAGCAGUUUUGGGCGCAGCAGUUCCAGCAGAGCGACGCGCUGAUGUCAUACAUGCGUCAGACGGAGCUGUGGCCGCACCGUGUGUGGCUGGACGCCAAGGACGAGGUGACGCGGAUCGUGAAGGCGGGGAAGCAAUGGCCGGCGAUUUGGACUACGAAGAAAGAGGAGACGGACGAUGAAGUGUGGCUGAGGAUUGACGAGGCCGACAAGUUGUUCCAUCGGGAGGAGCAGCUGACGCUGCGCAAGUAUACCAAAGGCCUGAUUGAGCUCGAGAUGAACCUGCACAAGGAACCCGAGUACGUGGAGCUACGGCGGCAACACGAAGAGCGGCAAUUGGAGAAGAAGGAGUGGCGCUUCGGAGCGCUGGCGCAAGCGUACUCGCGCCUCUUCAUGGUGGAUGGCCGGUUCACGACUGUGCCAGAAGAAGAGGAGAAGCGGCGGAAAGCGGCAGAGCCUCCGGUGCACGACUUGCCCUUGCCGUACGAUUACCACUUGGAGCCAAACCCGCUCCGGGACGUCACGGGCCGUCCCCGCGACGCGUUCCUUCUGCCCCGGAACCGGAAAGUGCCCAAGAGCUGGCCGCCCCCCGGUUGGGAGGUCCCCGCAGACGAGCUGGCGUUUCUGAAAGAGGGGGAGGAUGAGCGGGACUUGUUUGCGGAGGCGGCGCAGCAGGCGAUCGAGAAACUGGGACCGAAGGCGGCUUUGGAAGUCGUCAAGCAGAGUGGGGAACUCGUUCGGGGAGAAGACGACGACAAACGGUGGCGGCUUUUUUUGAAGCAGUACCAUGAGUGGCGGGACGCGAACCUGGAGAGACUCGACAAGGAGGGGAAAGAGAUGGACGCUCUGUUCCCGAUGGGUUACGAGCCGGGGCGACGGCGGGUGGGCAAAGGGCAGGAGCAGCCGACAGAGGACAAGGAAGUGCGGGGAAUGUACGAGCUACCGUUUCUAGAACGCGGCCAGGUAUACGAGGGCUUCGUUACCGGAGUCGAUCUCCAUGCGGGGGCUAUUGUGGCGUACGGGGGGGUGCACGACGGGUACAUACCUGUUCUUGGGGACGACUGGCGGCACGGCAAUUUGUGGGACAUCAUCGAAGUCGGAACCAAGUGCCUGGUACAAGUGGUGGCCGUCCGGGAUCCGUUCCGGUUCCGUUAUCCGGUGGAGAUGCGCUUCCUGGACCCUGACGUCACCCCCCUGCUAAAGGAGACCAAGUUUCAGCGUUCGUUGGGAUCGCCCAUCAUCGGACGAAAAGAGGACGUGGAGUUGGAAGAAGUUUUGUUCGAAAGCGGGCGGAAGUACACGAGCGGACCCCGGGAGCGCGUCGAGGAGGCGCUGACCGCCUUCGACCUGGAGCACAUGACGCACCCCGACCAAGAAUGGCUCCACCGGAAAGGCAUAGUCGAGCAGCGCCUCUUGGCGAACGAAGAGUACGAAGCCGCGGUCGCGACCGGUUCGCCGCUCCCGUUCCCCGUCUUCUACGACUGGGACUACAUCGCCGAUCCAAACAAGCGGCUAGAAAUUCUGCGGGAACACGCAAAGGCAGAAAAGCUGACGGAAGAUGGGCGGUCGACGUUGCCGCGAGACCAGCACCGGAUAGGGCAACUCAUGGAGGACAAGAGGCCCGGGGUUUCGGUUACGAGCAGGGUUACGAUCGAGAGCUAUACCGAGCGGAUGAGUGAGAAGGAGCGGAGCCAGCUUGACCUGGAGUCGGCCCGAAGAGAACGGCAGGAAAUCCGCGCGACCAUUAUGGAUUGGCUGGAGCAGGCGGGCGAGGAUUGGACAACGAUGGACGCGGAAGAGCUGGAGCAACUGUUUGAUGACGUGGAAGAGACGCGGCCGCGUUUCUCGUGGGAGGAGGAGACGGCGCGGCUGUUGGAGCAGGAGGUUGCGUACUACCGCGCGCGUUUGCUCGCGCAUGAAGAGUACGACGCGGAGGUGAAGCUGCGCGGGCUUUGGAACGAGACGCCCAUCCCGCUGCCGGACAUCGAUCUCGUCAACAAGGGUGAACUAGACGAGCGGCCAACGCCGCUGAUGAUCCGCGAUCGCAUGCGGCGCGGCAAGGAGCGUCUGGGCGACGACGACCGACCUUUCCCGGACAUCCCGAGCCGCAAGGAGGAGUGGCGCGCGGAGAACGCGGUCCAGAACGCGCUCGUCGAGGCCGCGCUGCAAGCAGAAAAAGAUGCGGAGGAGGCAGCGAAAGCCGCGCAGGUGGCCGCGGAGCGGCGGGCGGCGGGAAUUGCGGAGACUGGAGAUGUUCCCAUUCGAAAGGACGCGGAGGUGGCGGCAAAAGCCGCGCAUGCGGCCACGGAGUGGCGGGCGGCGGGAUUUGCGGAGACAAGAGCCUAUGGAGAGUUUAUCACGGACGAGGACGACGACGAUUUAGAGGAUCCGGACGACGACGACUUGGACGAUGAGCUGGACAUCGUCACCUGA